AUGAUACGACCCAGUGUUGUACCAGCUCAAUCGGAUCGCCCAGUUCAAAUCGCUGCUAAUUUAAUUAUCGUAGAAUCAGGCCAAUACAUAUUUGAACAUUAUAACGAGGAAAUUUUUGAGAAAUGUCCUAAUAUACCGGGAAAUAAUGGCAUUCAUGAUUUUUUUAGUGUUGAUCAAAUGACGCAUGUCCUCGACGAAGGCUUGAUAACUGCCAGAGGAAAUAGUACCUGCGUAUGGAAGGGAGUGGAGCCUACCGAUCGCAUUGAGAUAACUGUUGAAGUUUAUAUAUUUAAACGCGGAACAUGGCAGGUUAGUCCAUUCACUCUUUACGACCGGGACUGGUGUAAAUCACUAUUUGACAAGACUUCAUUCUGGUAUAAAAUAUGGACUAAGAAUAUCCGUGAGAGUGAUAGGAAAUGUGUGAAUAUUUAUGGACAUACUUUUCGCUAUGAUGAAUUCACUGUUGAUACUGUUUUAGAGUUUCCAACAAAUGUGGGUGGCCGCUAUAAAGGCGUCACUACAAUCGUAGCUAUUGAUAAACAAGGUACAGCGGAGCAUGCUUGGGUGGGAUGUAUGUUAUUACUGGUGGUCGUUGUAUGUCCCUUGGUUUGGUUGUUAGACAUGCGGUCUUAA